AUGAAGUAUACCGCUCCUAUCGCCAUUCUGAGCGGCCUGACUGCGGCAGCGCCGCAGUUCGGUGGUCUCGGAGGCGGAUCGGGAAGUUCCACUUCCAAUGAGCUCCUCCAGGGUAGCUGCAAGAAGGUCAUCCUGAUAUUCGCCCGUGCCUCCACAGAGGCGGGGAAUAUGGGUGGAAGUAUGGGCCCGCAGGUGUGCAGUGGACUGAAAUCAGCGUUGAAUAACGACGUGAUUUGCCAAGGAGUCGGCGGGCCUUAUACCGCCGGCUUGAUGGACAAUGUUAAAGCAGAGGGCACCACACAAGAGGCCAUUGGCGAAGCGACGCGCAUGUUCACAACGGCGGAUACGAAAUGCCCGGAUUCCAUCAUCGUUUUCGGAGGCUUCAGCCAAGGGACUGCUGUCAUGCAUGGCUCUGUCAAAGCCCUUCCAAACAACAUUAAGGAGAAAAUUGCAGGAGGCGUUCUCUUUGGAGACACUCGCAACGCGGAAGACAAUGGCCAGGUUCCGAACUUCCCGAAGGACAAGAUCAAGAUCUAUUGCGAGGAGGACGAUGGUGUUUGCGGUCAAGGGCUCAGCGUCACUGGUGGGCAUUUCGUAAGUCUAAGAAAACGGAUGAUCCUGUAA